AUGGCUAAGAAACCUGCGUCACACAGACAUCGGUGUAAAUCUUUCAGCAAAAGGACGAAGCCAGAAGAGAGAGAGAGUCUUAAUUCUGAGUCAAGCGUUUUUAAACAUUGUCUGGUUUACCGACAAAAAGUCUGGAACUUGUGGUACAAACAUUCACUGCUUUCGAUGAAUUAUAGAAACACCAUAACAAGUAUAGUUGUGUCAAUCAUCAUAGCAUGUUCUUUAUACGACAUGAGACUUGUUCAUCUUCUCUCGCAUUUUUCGAUAAUUAUUGUGCUUCUGAUGGAUGUUCGUAAUUUCAAUUUUACACUUAAGUUCAAUAAAGUAGUGGCAUAUGAAGGAACUAAAAAUACAUAUAGUAUUGAAAAUGUUAAAUACAAACCACAUUCGUUCUGGAACUUGAAAGACAAUUUAUCUUGGUUGAGACAAUUUGAGCCUCAUAAAGUGUGUCUGGACGUUUUUCCGUCAAGCCUAAAUUUUUAUUUUCAAAAUUCUGAAAAUGGGGACGCAUCUGAAUCGAUGAACAUCGAAUGGUUGAGGUUGCGGUCAUUUUCAGCUGAUCGAAACAUUAGUGUUCGACCAAUCAGAUUGGCGAGAGCUGGAUUUUACUAUACGGGUACUUCGGAUGAGGUCAGAUGUUUUUCGUGUGGAAUACAGCGAUCUAACUGGAUGGCGGGAGAAGAUCCCGCAGAAAUUCACAAACGAAUUUCUCCUCUCUGUAGACAUGUGAACGGUACGGACAAUAGAAACAUUGCUAUAUCACGAGAAAGUGACCACACCAAUUCUUCUCGUGCUACAGUGACCGCUUCACCUCGAGAGAGUGACCACGCCAGUUCUUCUCGUGCUACAGUGACCGCUUCAUCUCGAGAGGGUGACCACACCAAUUCUUCUUGUGCUACAGUGACCGCUUCACCUCGAGAGAGUGACCACGCCAGUUCUUCUCGUGCUACAGUGACCGCUUCAUCUAGAGAAAGUGACCACGCCAGUUCUUCUCGUGCUACAGUGACCGCUUCAUCUCGAGAGAGUGACCACGCCUGUUCUCGUGCUAUGAUGGCAUCAUUUGAAAAUCAAGGUAUGUUUGUAGGUAGUCACGAGAAAAAGAAGCCAUCUACAAUCAACGUCAAUAGGAAAUAUGUGGUUAAUAGUCAACUUGCUGGGAGAGCAGGUAGGGAUAUGGAAACACAACAAGAGAAUCCUUCUAUCGAACAGCGCACAGGCAAAACGAAACCUCAUUCUCAUGGGCAGAGAAGCGAUCAUAGAAAUGUCAUUCAAAAUGUGCUGUCCUUAGAGCAAGAGCAAACUCGCAUAUCUAAUGGACACGAGGAUGCUAACACAUCGAUCACUCCACAAGUGAGCGCAAACAGGUCUUCGGCUACGGAGCAACCACAUCGCUCUUCCGCUAAUAAUAGACACAGACAUAACAUAUCUUCUUCCGGAUCCGGUGCUGUCAGUGAUUCAGUGGUACAGAAGUUGGCACCACUCGGUGUCGUCUUUGAUAAGCCCAAGUACCCGGCAUACGCAGUGCUGACUGUAAGGAUGAGCUCCUACAGUGGUUGGCCAUGUUCACAGACACAGAGCCUGAUGGCUGAGGCUGGAUUCGUAUACGCUGGAUAUGCAGAUUAUACAAGGUGCUUUUUCUGUGGAGGAGGACUGAGAAACUGGAUUGAUGGGGACGAUCCUUGGGUUGAGCAUGCGCGCUGGUUUCCAAGGUGCGCAUAUUUACGACAGAGCAAAGGACUUGACUUCAUACGUUUAGUUCAUGAAAACCUAGACGAUGAGAAUCAGGCUCAUGGGAGCAUCAGUGAUAACGUUCAAGGAAAGAAGUGCGAAAACCCGACAGAAAACCUCCCAUCUGACAAGGAAGUCGCCGAAUUACCAGCAUUCCAGAGUGUUGUACAGCAAGGCUAUUCUGCAGACCAAGCCACACAAGUUAUCAGAAAACUGUGGACCAAAGGUAUUACGGACGUCCACAGCACGGACAUACUGACAGAAAUAUUAAGGAUCAAUGACGAUGAUGGAGAUGAAGACGAUCCAGAGAUGAAAAACACAGAUUAUGGAGGCAUACGGAACACAAGUAAUGAUGACGUAGAAGAGCAUGAAAUUCGACGGUUGGAAGAGGAGAAUCGCCGCCUGCAGAAAGAGAAGUUGUGUAGGAUAUGCGAGGAGGAGGACGCCUCCAUUGCUUUUCUCCCGUGCGCCCAUCUUGUGUGUUGUCACGUGUGUGCCCAAGCUGUGAGACGCUGUCCUGUGUGUAACGUCAUCACACAAGGCACAAUCAAAACCUGGUUCACGUGA